AUGUCGAAAGCCAUCUUCCUCAACCCAGUCGAUGGUAAACCCGGAAAGCCGGGUCAAGUCUACUACCCCCUCGCUGUGAAGACCCUUCCCCAGCCUGUACCUCAAGGCCGCGAGGUUUUGGUAAAGCUCACAGCUACAUCGCUAAACCACCGCGAUGUGUUCCUUCGUCAACACCUCUAUCCGGGCGUCACCUUUGACGUUCCCAUGGGUGCCGACGGUACAGGAACCGUGAUAGCCGCCGGUGAAGGAGUGCGCGAUCCGCAACGCUGGAUCGGGAAGCGGGUGGUCAUCAAUCCCGGAGUAGGGUGGAAGGAGUCUCUGGAUGGACCGGAAGAUCCGAAAGGGUACAGGAUCAUGGGCGGGACGAAAUCGUACAACAAGGGGACGAUGCAGGAGUAUCUCGCUAUCGAUGAAGGGGAGCUGGAAGAGGUGCCGGAGCAUCUGUCGGAUGCAGAGGCGGCGUCGUUUCCGCUUACUGGCUUGACAGCGUGGAGAGCGCUGGUGGUCAAGGCUGGAGAGAGGAAUUCGAGCAAAGGAGCUGCAGUCCUGGUGACUGGCAUUGGGGGUGGUGUGGCAUUGAUGGCGCUCAAGCUCGCGGUGGCUAGGGGCGUGGAUGUCUAUGUGACGAGCUCUAGUGAGGAGAAGAUCCGGAAGGCAGUUGAGCUAGGGGCUAAGGGAGGUGUGAAUUACAAGCAGGAGAAGUGGGAGCAGAAGUUAUUGGAGUUGUUGCCUACAGGGAAAGUGGCUUUCGAUGCGAUUAUUGACGGAGCAGGAGGGGAUUCGGUGGACAAGGCUGUCAAGUUGCUUAAGCCUGGUGGUGCUCUCUGUGUGUAUGGUAUGACGGUCGCACCGCAGAUGCCGUUCUCCAUGAAGGCUGUUCUGAAGAAUAUUGAUGUCCGGGGCUGUACGAUGGGCUCGCGCAAGGAGUUCAAGGAGAUGGUUGAGUUCAUCAAGACGCACAAGAUCCAUCCAGUCAUCUCACGCGUUUUGCAGACUGAUCUGGAGGAUAUCCCUGCGAUCGAUGGGAUUUAUGAGGAUAUGAAGGAAGGGAAGCAAUUCGGGAAGCUGGUGAUUGAGUUCGGGAAGACCUCUGGAAGCAAACUGUGA